AUGAAACUAAUUGCAAAUGAAAAUGAUGAUUUUAUCAAAGACUUAUUAGCGGAUUUGACAGGACAAGUACAGGAAGCUAUAGGAAAACAAGAAUGGUUCGACAAAUGGGGGGUACAUUAUUUACCUAGUUUAACAGAUGCUCAUCUUCUUCAAGUCUGUAAUAAUUUCAAGGAUCCAGGUGUUCAACAUUAUGGAAAAGGCGUACUUUUCUCGAAGAUACGCGAUGAAAUGGAUGACAUAUUUUGUAGCUUACCUGCUCCUAUAUCUUCAUUAACAACUAGUGCUCCAGUAGAUAUGGCUGUGUUCUAUAAUCCUGCUGGUGGAUGUUUUCACGGAGAAUGCUCUGUAAGCUUAAUGAAUGGUACAACGAAAUUAGUAAAAGAUGUUCAGCCAGGUGACCGAAUGGCGCUACAUGGUGGCAUGGUUUGA